AUGUACGGAAAAUAUAUUGUACUCAUUACUGGCGCAAACCGCGGAAUUGGAUACGGACUGGCAAAAAAGCUAGCAAGAGACCACCCUGACUAUCAUGUCAUCAUUGGAAGCCGCGACGCAAACCAAGGCAUGGAAGCAGCGUCUUCACUCUCAUCAGAAGGCAUUACCGUAUCCUCGUUAAGACUUGACGUCACUUCAGACGAGUCUAUUUCCGCAGCCAGAAGCUUUGUACAGCAAAAGUACGGACGACUUGAUGUACUCGUCAACAACGCUGGCGUUGCACUUGAUCUGAAGGAGAAGGGCACCCCAAUACGUGAGCUAAUGCAGCGGACCUUUGAUAUCAAUGUUUUCGGAGCAGCUGCUGUAACCGACGCCUUCAUUCCGCUUCUUGAGAAGUCCAGCAAUCCGCGACUCGUGUUCACUUCGUCAUCGGUUGGGUCUCUUACCCGAGCUUCAGAUCUUGCCAACCCUUGGUCCAAGGCACCUAUCCCGGCGUACCGUACGAGCAAAGCCGCCUUAAAUAUGCUGAUGCUAUUUUAUGCUUCUAGCUUGAAUGAAAAGGGCUUCAAAGUUAACGCAUCCUGCCCAGGGUACAUCGGGACGAACUUGAAUGACCAUAGGGGAACAGGAAGCAUAGAGGAUGGUGCCGUGAAUCUGGCUCGACUGGCAACUCUUGAGAAGAAUGGAGAGACAGGAACGUUCUCAACAACCGAAGAAGUAAGGCCGUGGUAA